AUGCGCGCCGACGUCACCUUCGCCCUGUUUGCCCAGGCCCUCGCCGUCCAGGGCGUGCGCAUCAUCCAGUCCAACGACGAUGGCUGGGCCGAGCUCUAUGCUCGCUCCUUCAACGACGCGCUGAGGGCCUCGGGCCACGACGUCCUCCUCUCCGCUCCGGCAGAGAACAAGUCCGGCUCCAGCUCCCUCGAUGUUGAGCCCAGCCCGCGCACCACCGCUUGCCAGUACGACAGCUGCCCCGCCAACAGCGGGCCCGUCGGUCUCAACGAGACCCGCAAAGACCUCCGUUGGGUCAACUCGUACCCGGUGACGUCCAUGCGCUACGGCAUCGAGCAGUUCGCCGCGGAGCAGUGGAACGGCGCGGCCCCCGAGCUCGCCGUCUCCGGCCCCAACGUCGGCUCCAACCUCUGGCUGCAGGUGCCCUUCUCCGGCACCGUCGGCACCGCCGUCUACGCCUCGGGCACCAAGGGCAUCCCCGCCAUUGCCUUCUCGGGCGGCUCGGACGGCACCCUCGCCUGGAACACGAGCCCCGUGCCCACGCGCAGCACCGUCUACGGCGAGCUCGCCACGCGCCUCGUCAACAAGAUUGUCAGCGGCGGCGCGCCCUACCUCCCCGAGAAGACCUGGCUGAACGUCAACUUCCCCAAGGUCAGCGAUACGGAGUGCAACGACCCGGACCAGUUCAAGUGGGUGCUCAGCCGCAUCAACCCCGCCAUCUUCUCGGGCCCGGACGUCGGCACAUGCGGCUCGACCGAUCGCCUGCCUGAGGAGAACAAGGUCGUCGGCACCGCGGGCUGCUACAUUUCCAUUAGCGUUGGUGACUCCAACGACAAGACCACGGCGUCCAAGGAGAAGCAGCAGCCUGUCCUGGACAGACUUGGCGACUUCUUGUCCUGCUUGCCGUGA